AUGGAGGAUUACCGGAAAUGGAAGGCCAUGGGAGAGGGUGGUACUUCUCACUCUAUAAUCGGUUACCUGUCUCAACUUAGCGUUGACAAGACUAGAGCAUAUGGUCCCAACGAGACUAUCAAGCCUGGUUUCUACAACAAGCCUGAGAAGCGCGCGACGGGGUGGAAGAAGGCGACAGAAGAGCAGAGAGCGAAUGCGAAGAAGUCGUUCCUAAAGGAGCCACUCCCCGUCAGACCAGGCCCUCGCGCAAGGGCUCUGCCGUUCGUCUACCCGCAGCGCGAGAGGAAUGCCGCUGACCCUCAACCCCCAGACGUCAAACAGGCAAGUUGGUCGAAUGUUGGAAACCUAUACUUACUAACAUAUCACAAGGCAUAUUUGGAUAGCUUUAAGAAGCUCGGUGAAAUCAAUGCGGAGUGGACUGAAUGGAACAUAUCGGCCAUGGAGAAGCACGGCCAAGCUCUGUUUACCAAACCCUCGAUACCCCUAAGCCCCCUUGCAGGUCCGAGUGCUCGCGAGAUCUGCCAUAUCCACGGCACCGAUCUUUCUGGCCACGUGACGCUCUCGUUCCCGGAUGCAGAGGAAGUCAUCUCCAAGGGCUGGGGAGAACGGCAUCGUCUGAGCGGCACGGGCUGGAUCCACCUCGGAUUCACCAUGCUCUACGUGCCUAACACGAUAGAGGAGACGGAAAUCUUCAUGAAGAUCUUCCAAGCUGGUAUUGACUACAUGAAGAGUGGUUGA